GCUUGUCGCCUGCACAACGCCUGCAACGGAAAUGGCUGAUAGCAGAGCCUCACUAGCACGAUACAGGCGCGGCCUGUUGACAGUUUGUCAAACCUCGCACCUCUUACUCCGCGGCCUCACACCAUUCUCGUGAUCCCAGCCAGGAUGAAACCUUUAUGAUGGCUUCAGAAACAUACGACAACUUGUGCAACGAACUCUACGGCGACAUCUUCCGCCGACUGGAGCGGAGAGAAGAGGAGACACUGCGAUUCGUACCAUGGGGGACGUGCAGAGACAUUCUGCAACAAAACGACAACAGGAACCUGCGUCGCUUCUUCCGUAGCCUCGCCACGGCCGAUCAAUCCAGCGAACAAGUCUUGCGUCUGACUGAGACAGCGUUCGUGCAGAGGGUGAAUGAGAGGGAUCUGCUUGACUUUCUCGGUACGCUCAUCUUCGCAACGUGUAGCAUACGCGCGGCCCGGACCUGCGUCGACCGUCUUGUCGCCGGCGACGCGCCUCCGCAUGGCUCAGUUGGUCGGCUGCCGGCCAGUCGCGCGCAGCUCGAACAGCUUCUCGGCAGCGACACCGACGCGGACAGGUUCAUAUCCAAGCAGGGGUGCUUCUGCGCCGUAGUGCUCCGCAAGAAAGAGGAGGUCCGGAUCGAUGGCACCGACAGCCCACGGCUGCCGUACCUGGAGGAAAUACCUCUCGGCGAGGGCUCAUUCGGCAAAGUCUUCCGAGUCCGUGUCGCUCGGGGUCACUUUCACGACCGCCAAGCGGGACCGGCCUUUGGUCACAAUGUUGAGCCCAUCGACAUGGCACGCAAGGACUACAUUGUCGCCGACAAGUCCAAAGCAAGAGAAGAGUACGAUGUCAUGCGUCAGAUCCUUGGUUCGACCUCGCGCAACUGCGAGAAUAUCGUCGAGAGCUUGGGUGCGCUCGAGGUCGGGACAAACUACAGUCUAUUCAUGCCACUCGCCAUGUGCGACCUUCGCUCGUACAUGAUGUCGGGCCACCACAUCCCGCCCCAGACACAAGAGGCUCGAGCGGAGAUUAUAUCCUGCGCGGCGGGACUGGCAAGCGGUCUGCAGUUUCUUCACACGGGGAUACGGACCGUCGAAUUCGACGAGCUGGUGUGCUACCACAUGGACCUGAAUCCCAGCAACAUCCUCGUCUUCAAAGAAGUGGGAGAGGAUGGAAGCAUGCGCUGGAUCUGGAAGCUGAGUGACUUUGGCAUGGCCCGCGUCAAGGUUCGACGUCGCGCCGUCGCGGGAGACCGUGAGAACGACUUCAAUAGCCUCUUUGUCCGACGAAAGAAGAUCGCCGACCCGUCCGUGUCCGCCACACUCAACCGGCGAGGCGAGGGCACAUAUCUCCCACCGGAAUCUAUCUCGGCCACGGCGAGCAUGCGGACGAGCAGCGACGUCUGGGCGCUGGGAUGCGUCCUCAGUGUCGUUCUGACAUUUUUGGAAACGGGCGCCGAGGGCGUGUGCCACUAUCAGGAUGCUCGCAUGGACCAUCGCCGCGCCGAUGGCUACGAUCGCUUUUUCCUCCGCGGCACCAGAUUCACAGAACCAGAUGUUCAUCCGCAAGUAAGAGUCUGGCAUAAAGUACUCAGAGAAAAGGCGGCAAGGAGAAGCGUCACAGAAGGCCACGCCAUGUCGUACAUGCUCGAUUUUCUGGAGCAAUCCGUCAUUCGAGUGACCCAGCGCUGCACCGCCGAGGAUGUCAAGAAGAGGCUGGAAGAAAUGUAUCGACUCUAUCGAAGCGCCGAAGAACCAAGGCGUGGCUCCAUCCUGGAGACUAUCUCUGACAGCCCACUCGCGGUACGGCUUCGCACAAGACAAGGGAAUGACUCCAGUACCGUCAUCGACGAGUGGUAUCCUUCGACGUCUCGAGACUUCAAAGGAUGCGCUAUAUCCCCAGACGCGAAUGUUCUGGCGUACUGGACGGAUGACACAAUUGUACUUUACACAUCGCAGUCACUGGCAACCCGAGAAAGGCAUACUGUCACAUACGCGGCCGAUUGGACCCUACCCAACACAGAUUGCGACUGUUUCCUAAAGCACGUGUGCUUGACCAGCAAGUAUCUCAUUGCCUCGACGGCAGGGCGCAGCCGACUGUACAUCUUUUACCUUCUCGGCGGGGAUUCCGUAGACUAUAAUUUCUCCAAGCUUCAUCGGCUCGUCCUACAGCUUCCUGCGAUAUCCAAGAUUGCCAUCUCGUCGGACAGUGUUUGGGUGGCGCUCACGGCGAGAGCUAGCACGAACCCGCGAGACCCGGGCGUCUUUCUCUACGCAACAGUACGUGACUUGAUUGACGCUGUGGAGCUGGCACCCAGGGCACCAAAUUUGGACAACCCAGCACGCGACGAGAGCAUCAAUACACAUCCUUUGCCAGAUCAACAUCCUUUCAAGCCCAUAGCUCUCGAGUGGUCGGCCGCGGAUGUCAUCCACCUGGCGCUACUGGAUAGCCGGGACGCUUAUCUCGUUGUGAGACCUGAACUCACCACCAGAAGCAGGGAGCACAAGAUUCCCAUCACGCACGUGUCACUCGAUCGUCAUCCGGUAACCAUGGAUACACUAAACAUGACUUCACUAGGAUAUGACGUAGGCGCCUUCGCCGGCCUCUACACCGCGUUCUGUCCUUUUCACGACAGGAAUACAUGCGCCGUGGUGACCAGAGAGAAGCGCCUUCACGUACAGAAGUUUGAGGGCUCCGACAAGAGUCUGGAGCUGCAGAGGGAAAUACCGAAAUAUCGCAUAUCUCAACUUUUAUCGAGCUGCCCCCGGCCACGAGGCAGAUUGCUAGCCAUCGGAGCGCCCUCGGCCAAACACCAAAUGGUCCUUUUGGAGAUACACCUUACUCCCGAGCUCCAUGUUCAGCAGCUCGCUCAUCUUCCUGGUCUGCUGCAUGGAGAUGAUUUCGCGGCCGUGCUCUCAGACGACGACUCCGAGCCAUGCGUCAUUGUAGCCUCCUUGACUGGUGCGAGCCGGCGGGUCAUCUACAAAGUCAGACUUGCUUCGGCAGAAGUCACGUAGCGGCCGGCCUCUUGAGAGGCAAGCGGCUCUACACCGAUCGGUACAUGUCCCGGAGCUCAACAUUCUGGUCCAGUUUCGUGAGGCGCCGCGCCAAUGCCCUCCAAUCGGCAUUGACCUUGACUUUCGGAGCGAGUCGCCAAAAGAGCACGCCGUCGUGUUGGAUCAGCCAGUAGUAGAAGAUGACUGUGAGCCCAGUGAUGACGAGGGUGGCAACGAGAUAGAUCCAUAUCAUGGAUGUGCAGAUGAUGCGGCUGCUGGGCUGGUCCAUGGCGAAAAAGUUCAUGCCGAAGAAUGUCUUCAAUGGUAUUGCGUUAGUCGUAGCCCACGCAGCACAUGUUAUCGGG